AUGACUAUCAACAAGUCACAAGGACAAUCUGUGAAUUAUGUGGGGAUAGAUGCUCGAUCUGCUGUGUUCACCCAUGGGAUAAUAUGGGAUGAUCAACUUCCAAGUCCUGUUACCAAAAAUAUUGUAUAUCCUGAGGUACUUCUUGACUAA